AUGGGUGGUGCCAAUCGAGAAGGCGGCAAGGCCAAGCCCUUGAAGGCUGCGAAGAAGCAGAACAAGGACCUCGACGAGGAUGACCUUGCGUAUCUCGAGAAGAAGCGCGCCGACGAGAAGGCACGCAAGGAGCUGGCGGCCAAAGCGGGUGGCAAGGGACCGAUGAACACCGGCAACCAGGGCAUCAAGAAGAGCGGCAAGAAAUAG